AUGAAUAUUUCAAAUUUAAUUAAUGCAGAUGUAGAUGAAAAAGGGUUUGUUUCCGACAAACUCAGAGACGAGUUCUUCCAAAUGAUGAGAAAUAGGCCGGAAAACCGAACUUGCUUUGAUUGCGAAUCCAGAAAUCCUACGUGGCUUUCUCUUUCGUUUGCUAUAUUUAUUUGCCUCAACUGCUCCUCUGAUCACAGAAAGAUGGGAGUGCAUAUUAGUUUUGUGAGAUCAUCCGAUCUUGACAAGUUUACUCCAAUGCAACUUCUAAGGAUAGAUAUCGGUGGGAAUGGCCGAGCAAGGAAUUUUUUUAAACAGGCCCUUGGAGUUCAUUUCUCGCCUAAAACUAAAGAAUACACAAACUCGAUGUGCGGAAAACAAUAUAAGCAAAUUUUAGAUACAGAGAUCUCGGGAUAUGACGGCUUAAGCACCAAAAAGUGCGAUGAACUUGAAGUAAUUGGUAGAGAUAGCUAUUCAAUAAACUCUGGAAAGACAGAUACUCAAUCCACUGGAGAUAUUCAGACUACAAGGUUUAAAUCAAUACCUACUGCUCUUAAAAGAUAUAGUAGUCUCCAAAAGCAGAACAGUUUAAUAAAUCAAAAAGGCCGAAGGUUAGAUGAGAACUUUGAUUUCGAUUCGCUAGUUUCAUAG